AUGCUUGAACAGCCCGUUGUGUCAUUUGAGCACGGCCAAGGAUUCAGUCUCACUGGCGCAGAUAUCCUUAUUGACCAAGAUGAGUUCGAAGGAGUUCACAUUGCAGCCAAGAACCUAUCCAAAGACUUCACAAGAGUCACUGGCCGAGGUGGCAAUGCAGUUCUGACAACAGCAACGGACCGCGUCGAGUCUAAAUCUUGCAUCAUUGUGGGAACAUUGUCAAAGUCAGCCAUGAUCAAGAAGCUUGAAUCCGACGGGAAAAUCGACUUCUCCAGCAUCGAUGGAAAAGGGGAAUCUUGGGUCACGCAAUGUGUCUCCAAUCCAGCUGAGGGUUAUGACAACGCCCUGGUAAUUGCCGGCAGUGACAAGAGGGGUGCUAUUUACGGCAUAUACUCUCUGUCUGAACAGAUCGGAGUCUCGCCAUGGUGCUGGUGGGCAGAUGUUCCUCCAAAAGUUCAUGACGACAUUUAUGCACUUCCCGUGUCAACCCGCAAUGGCGAGCCAAGUGUCAAGUAUCGAGGUAUUUUUAUAAAUGAUGAAGCACCAGGAAUGGACUCGUGGGUCCACGAGAAAUUCGGCCCCAAGUUUGAUUCCAACUUCUAUUACUUGGUCUUUGAGCUACUCCUUCGGCUUAAAGCCAACUUUAUGUGGCCUGCCAUGUGGAGGGGAUACCCGUAUCCAGGCCGGUCAUUCUUCGUGGACGAUCCCAAGAACCAGGCUCUUGCCGACACUUACGGGAUAGUAAUGGGCACUUCUCACCACGAACCAAUGCAACGCGCCAUGAACGAGUGGUCCACCACAGAACCAGCAAACACUUGGAACUGGGAGACGAAUAGGGAAAAGGUCACAGAGUACUUCAGAUUUGGUGCGGAGAGAGCACGGCCAUUUGAGUCGUAUAUCACCAUGGGCAUGCGAGCGGAAGGAGAUAACCCUAUUAACGGGAGUGACCCUCAAAAGAUCCUCACAGAUGUCCUUGAUGUGCAAAGAGGUAUCAUAGAGGACAACUACGGGAGCAAGGGUGGUGCGAUGCAGUUGAUGGCACUGUACAAUGAGGUGCAAAAGUACUACGACAAUGGUUUGAAGAUUCCAGAAGACAUCACACUUCUUUUCUCUGACGAUAACUUCGGCUCCCUCCGCCGACUACCGAAUGAGCAAGAGAAGAAGCGCCCCGGUGGCUCCGGAGUAGGUCUUUCUGACGAGAACUCUCUAUAUAAGUCUCCUAACAUUUCAAUCGACCAGUACUACUACCACUUCCAAUACACGGGAUAUCCCCGAUGCUAUCGGUGGAUGAACAGUAACAGCCUAGGGAAAGCAUGGCACCAGCUGCAACUAGCGCAUGCCCAAGGCGCAAAUCGCAUCUGGGUCUUCAAUGUUGGCGACCUCAAGCCUUGUGAGGUGCCCAUGAGCUUUGCAUUUGAUCUUGCUUGGAAUGUCCAUUCUAUUAGCGCCGACUCGUUUCUCCAAUAUUACGAAAAAUUGGCAACACGAGAAUUUGGGCUCGGGCACGCGAAACGAAUCGCCAAGGCUUGGUACGACUUUGACCAUCUUGUCGCGCUUCGGAAGCAAGAUCACAUCGACGUGAGCACAUUUUCUCUGCUCAAGCAUCACGAAGCAGACAGUAUUGUGGCACGUUGGAAGACUCUCGUGCAGGAUGCGGAGGAAAUUGACGCUCGGAUUGGCAAGGAGUACAAGUCGGCAUUCUUUCAACUUGUUCUCCAUCCAAUCAAGGCGUCUUAUUUAUGUACCUUGCUCCGGGUCACGCAGUAUCGAAACCAGCUAUUUGCCAAGCAGCGUCGAAACUCUACGAAUGUGCUAUUCCACCGGAGCCUCGACAUCCUCGACAAGGACCAUGAUCUCAUGAUGGAGUACCAUACCAUUAACGGCGGCAAGUGGAACCACAUCAUGAGGCAGCCGCACUAUGGAUACGGGGAUACUGGUGCUCAACCGUCAAGAAAUAUGAUUGAUGGUCUUUGCUACGUCCAGACUAGAGAAGACUCCAAUCCAAGUGUUGGGCACAUGGGCAUUGCCGUGGAAGGCACUGAGGGCAUCAACCCCGGACAUAUCAAUGAGGACUCGGACCGAACUCACCCAUCCCGCAAGUGGCUGGAGCCGGGCGUCACCCUUCCUUUUAUCACUCCGUACGGUCCACAGGACCGAUAUUUUGAAGUAUUCCACCGCGGAACAAGGGCAUUUUCUUGGGUCGCCAAACCGCAGUACGAUUGGAUCAAGCUCACCCAAUACCAAGGCCAUCUCAAACCCGAAGACGAUGAUAUCAAAGUGAUUCUCACUAUUGACUGGACUCAAGUGCCGGCCGGCUUUGAUGAAAAAGUAUUCGUGGAAGUCGUUGGUUCUCGAGAUGGCUACGAAAAGGUCCAUUUGACAGUGCGGCAUAGCCGAGUGCCUGUUGACUUCACUGGCUUCGUGGAAACUAGCGGUCACCUGGCCAUCGACGCGGGCAAUUGGGUUACUUCUCCGUACCAGGCUCUUCCAGCCCUGGGGCGCACCGUCGCGGGAUCGGUGACUCUACCAAUCGGCAGGGGCCAGAGCAAUCCCGACGACAUCCCAUUCUUGCGCUAUCCGAUAUAUGUCCUUUCCGACCGCGAAAACACCAAUCUUGAGCUGCUAUUCAACAUGACUCUGGAAACAGACCCCCAAAGUCGUAUGGAGUACGACAUCCGCUGGGACGGCGGAGAAAUCCAGCGAUAUCGUCUUACGGACGAUGACCCUGGCAACGACCGUGGCCUUCCACGAGGCUGGAACGUGGCCGUCAUGGACUGCGUCUGGAGGAAGUCACACAACAUCGGGCACGCCACGGUCGGUGCUCACACCAUCGAAGUGCGCCUCCGCAAGCCCAACAUGAUUUUGGAAAAGCUUGUUCUGGACCUUGGAGAUUUGCGGUACACAUAUUUGGGCCCGCCGGAGAGCGAGUACGUCGAGGCUAACAGUCGCACAACCACCUAUAUCAGACACAACGAUCGGCUGAGCUUGGAUCUGAGAUAUUGA